GGCAUCCCAACCCACCGACUGCCUGCGUUUCCCCUUCCCUUCCUUCCGCUUUUCCUCCUCUACCUACCGACCUACCUAGGGUUUCUCGCGAGGCCUCGCCGCGCUUGCGUCCCGCUCUCCCUCGCGACCGCGCCUCGGCUGGUUCGCCGCCUCCUCCCCGCCCGCCCGCCCGCUGCUGCAGGUACUACGAUAAGCAGUAGCUUCUUCAUCAAAGGUUUUGUGCAAAAUUAUGCGAUCUUCAUGGGCUGAUUCAGUUGCGAACGCCGAGGAAUCGGCGCCCGCGACUGGUGCUGCUUCUGCCCCUGCUGCUAAUCACCAGAACUCGCGCCCCACUCGCAGCGCAUACGUACCUCCUCACCUCCGCGGCCAAGGCCCAGCCCCAACUGCCGCUCCAACUGCAGCUCCAGGACCAGCUGCUGUCCAGUCCUCAGCUUCUGUACAGCCUUCUGGUUACGCAGCUGCUGUUGGUGGCUCUCGCUGGGCUGGUCCUGCCAGUGGUGGCGGUACCGGUGCUGUAGGUGGCCUGCGCCAGGGGGGUGGUGGUGGUGGUGGCCGUGGUGGUGGUUGGAACUCCCGCCCUGGGUGGGACCGCAGAGACCGUGAACCAAACCCCUUUGCCGAUAGCGAGGCAGAGGAAGCGGCAGAAGUUGAUUUUGAGAGUCAGGCCAACACUGGCAUCAACUUUGAUGCCUAUGAGGACAUCCCUGUGGAAACAAGUGGCAAUGAUGUGCCUCCACCGGUCAAUACUUUUGCAGAGAUUGAUUUGGGUGAUGCCCUGAAUGAGAACAUACGAAGGUGCAAGUAUGUGAAGCCUACACCUGUGCAGCGAUAUGCCAUUCCAAUCUCCAUUGCAGGGCGGGAUCUCAUGGCCUGUGCUCAGACAGGAUCCGGAAAGACAGCCGCUUUUUGUUUCCCUAUCAUUAGUGGGAUAAUGAAGUCAAGGCCACCACAGAGGCCAAGGGGAUCGAGGACUGCAUACCCUCUUGCAUUGAUUUUAUCCCCCACUCGUGAGCUAUCAGUCCAAAUUCAUGAAGAAGCAAGGAAAUUCGCAUACCAGACUGGUGUUAGGGUGGUGGUUGCGUAUGGGGGAGCGCCAAUACAUCAACAGUUGAGGGAACUGGAAAGGGGUGUUGAAAUCCUAGUGGCUACUCCUGGUCGGCUGAUGGAUCUGCUGGAGAGGGCUAGAGUAUCACUGCAAAUGGUGAAUUUUUUAGCUCUUGAUGAAGCUGAUCGAAUGCUUGACAUGGGGUUCGAGCCACAAAUUCGUAAAAUUGUUGAGCAGAUGGACAUGCCCCCACGUGGUGUGAGGCAGACAAUGCUGUUUAGUGCCACCUUUCCAAAAGAAAUACAGCGGAUGGCUUCAGAUUUCCUUGCCGAGUACAUCUUCCUUGCUGUUGGAAGAGUUGGUUCAAGUACUGAUUUGAUUGCUCAAAGGGUAGAGUUUGUCCUUGAAGCAGAUAAGAGAAGUUACCUCAUGGAUCUUCUCCAUGCCCAAAAGGCAAAUGGUGCUCAUGGGAAGCAAGCGCUUACUCUGGUCUUUGUGGAGACAAAGAGGGGGGCUGAUGCUUUGGAGAACUGGCUUUUUACAAAUGGGUUUCCUGCUACAAGUAUUCAUGGCGAUCGAUCACAACAGGAAAGAGAGUAUGCGCUUAGAUCUUUCAAGAGUGGAGCAACUCCCAUCCUUGUUGCAACAGAUGUCGCUGCCCGUGGACUCGACAUACCUCAUGUUGCCCAUGUCAUCAAUUUUGACCUCCCCAAUGACAUAGAUGACUAUGUUCAUCGUAUUGGACGAACAGGACGAGCAGGGAAGUCUGGCUUGGCAACUGCAUUUUUCAACGAGGGCAAUAUAUCACUGGCGAGGCCAUUAUGUGAACUAAUGCAGGAAGCAAACCAGGAGGUUCCUCCAUGGCUUGAGCGCUACUCUGCCCGCUCUUCAUAUGGAGGUGGUGGCAGAAACCGCCGAUCUGGCGGUGGCGCCCGAUUUGGUGGCCGUGACUUCCGCCGUGAUCACAGGGGCGGCGGCGGCGGCUAUGGAGGUGGAGGUGGCGGUGGCUACGGAGGCGGCGGUUAUGGCGGUGGCGGAUAUGGGGGUGGUCAAGGCGCAACGAGUUCCUGGGAAUGAUACUGAUUCCUGGCUGUCGCGAGAGCAACGAUGAUAUUCUAUUGAUUUCCCUGAAAACAUCUGAUGUGUUGGGAUUUGUAAUCACCCUGGUUGGCAUGGUGCUGGAAAAUGCGCCCUCUUACCCUUAAUUAAUUUAUGGAUGGUUGUCACUGCA